GAUAUGCCGAGUAAACCCACAUGUCGACAAAACCAUGGAGGAAAUUGUGUCCAAAAAUGGGGCAAAUCGGGCAAGAAAUGGCCAACGUUUGGCGAAAUAAAGAUUGUCACAUGCUUUGCAUUGGUCUUGUAUGUAUUGUUUGACUUGCCAGACCUGAGUGACGAACCUGUUGCAACCAUUCUUCAAAAUCUGCAGGACAAUCGAACUCGUCAAAUGGCUUCCAUCCAAGAGCAGAAUUCUCAACUUUCUCAAGAGCCGGUGAAGGACGUGGAGCGACCUAUCGACUCCUUCCAAGUUCAAACUCUGCCCAUGCUGGACAACCCGCACGACGUAAUAAGUGAGCCAUCAGGGAUGUUAUGUCUUCUUGUCACGUAAAAAGUGACGAGGAAUUUGUUGAAGAGUAUGCAAAUCGUGUUACCAAUCUGCAAGGAAGUUCAACUCGGCAAAUCGCAUCUCGUCGCAAAAUCUCUCUCCUUCUGCUCGACUGAUGAGAUUCAGGCUGAUUCCAAUUUUAAAAUCUCACGAUUUUGGAAAACACUGCGUAGUCCAAGUUGCCAGCCCACUUCAUCCCUCACCAGACAAACAAUUUGUAAUUAAUAACUUCUCGGCGUUUAUCCGUCACUUUCCAAGUUAAUUUGUGCAAAAGGAACUGCGCGACACUUGAGUUGGUAUAAAAAAAACAGAGGACAUGGCAUACAUUCCACUUUCUCCCCGGUCGUUAAGAAGGAAGUUAGAUGCCUGGGUUGGGCGAAAAGUUGGUAGGAAACUGGCGGAAGCAGGAGAGGUCUUCGUGCCAACCCCACUUCCACCACCAGUUUAUGAAGAAGCCGUGAGUCCUCCCAUGGCUCCCAUAGUCCUUCCACGCCCACACGAGUACAUUGAAGAUGAACCAAGACGAGUGGAGAACGAGGAGGAGGUCGUUCUAGCUCAUCCGCCUGGAUCACUCCCACCCAGUGACGAUGAAGAGGACUUCCUGCUUGUGGAAGUAAAGAAACCUACCCCGGUGAAAAGGUGCUCACCUUCAACCAGCUCGGCAGUGGCAGCCAGAACAAGGAGUUCUCGUCGAAAUAAAUCUCCGAGGGGGACCGCAGAAAAAAGCGAGGGGGAGGCUGCCGCUUCUUCAACGGCCAGUCCAAGAUAUGGAAAUCGAACCCGUGGCCGACCUCGAGUAAAGAGUGUGGAAAAGAAGAAGGAUGACAACAUUCGGUCAAGAUCACCUGUUCACAAGGAGAAUUCGAGUCCCGUCACCGCUUUGAAGAAAAGAGGUGCCUUGAAGAAAGUCGAAACAGCGCUGGAUGUCAGCAGUGAGAGCGAGAAACCCCAGGAUAUCGCGAGCAUGGAAGGCACGAUUGAAGCUCGGAUGGCUGCCGGUGCUAUUGGAAUGGGAAAUGAUGAACAGGGUGGUGAAAUAGAGGAGCAUGACGACCACGCUCGGGAUGACGUAGCGGACAAGGUGUCAAAGUGUGUGGCAGAGAUGAAGGGUCAUCUCACUCGACUAACCAGCAGCCUUGCUGACGACGAGGGUGGAGUGAAGGCUUUCCACCAACGUUUGGUGCGCGAGCUCCUGCCCGCCAUUCCCGGAGUCCGCCCUAAUUGAACAGCCGUCCGCCAGCCACCCCCCUCCCCCUAUCUCACACACAAUACUACUGUCCCCCCAUCUUCCACCGUCACUGAUUAGAAUAUGGUAAUUAUACGUAUAAUUUAUCCUGCCUUGUUCCAAUCCAAUUUCAUGAUAAUUGAUUAAGUUUAUAAGUAGUGCCAUUCAAUAUGCAAUUUAAUUUGUAACAGCUAGAUUCAAAGUUUAGUAAUGUUUUUUAAUUUUCAUGAAAAUUUGACAUUUUUCAACUUCCAAAUUACUGUUUUAUCAUAGGUACUCAAAAUUAAUUUUUUUUAAACUGGAUUUUUUUUCAAAUUUCAUAAGCUUCAAAACAGGCAAAGAAAAUUUUCACGAGCCCCUAUAUAAUAAAUGCUCCCACGGUCCAAACCAUUCUUCCGUGGUCAUUGACACCACCCACAAUUUCGUCACUAUAUCUGGUACAUGGUUUAAUUUUGAUCAGUUUUUGUGGCAAAUUUAGUCCCAGAAGUUGCAAGGGUAGCAGAUUUUAGUCGAGGAAAUGCAUAAUUUUAUUUUACCAGAAUUUACAUAAGUUGGGAAUAGCUUUGUUUGUUAUUAGUUUAGUUAUUUUAUUAUGCAUAUCCGAAUAAAACUUACAUAACAGAUUUUAAUUAAAAAGCAAUCGA